CAAAGGUCCUCAUGACCAGUUGCCUCACAGAUGGAGCAAACAUCAGAAGAAAAUGCUGAAGAUGACCUCCGGAGGUUCCGUCAGAAGCUCUCUGGAUAUGAAAUGCAUGAGCUGCGGAUCAUGUAUGAACAUUUCAAAAAGGACCUGGUCUACAUUGUCAAGAUUUUGAACACUCAGAGCUUGCUGGCAGAGCUGAAAUCCCGAAAGGCUCUAAAUUUAGAGGAUUACGAAUCAAUGAAAAGAGACCUCGGAGACUCUGCCUUCUCCGAGAAGUUGGUACAGGAUGUGUUGGACGCUGGAAGAGAAGCCGUGAUAAAAUUCUGGGAAUGUCUCUACAGUCUGCAGACCAAUCACCCUCAUCACAACUUACUCGCAGUACUUUCGGAAAUCCAACACGUUGAAAAACAACAGUUAUUGGAUGAAAAUGGACACUCACUGGAUCUGGAAAUACAAGAGGUCCAACAAAAGCACAAGGAAUAUCUGCUGAAGGAGACACAGAAUUUAAAGGAAAGUCAGCCACCGGGAACCACCCUGGAGAGUCAAAGUUUCCCCAUUUCAGAGCGUUAUGUGGAUCUGGUUGUCGUGUCCACAGAGAGUUUUAGACUCCGUACUCAGCAUGAGCUGAUAGAGAUCGGAGAAAAACAUGAAAGCUGCUUGUGUAAGACUCAAAGAGGACUGGAGCGCGUUUCUCCCAAGAGGCUCUUCCGCUGGUGCCACCAAAUAAAAGGUGUGCCAAAUGUCAUAAUGAUCAGCGGGGUACCAGGAGUAGGGAAGACCACCCUAAUGCAGAAGUUUGUCUGUGAUUGGGUGAAUGGAAAGCUCUAUCAGAGAUUUUCUUUUGUUUUCUUCUUCAAAUUCCGGGAGCUCAACCGGCUGAAAAAAGUCAGCUUGGAGGAGAUGAUCCUUCACCAGUAUCCUCAUCUAAAUGUUCAACUUGAAAACAUCUUAAAAAACCCAGAACAGCUUUUAUUUAUCUUUGAUGGCUUGGAUGAAAGCUGCCAUAAGAUGGACUCUGCGUCAAGUCCUCUGUACACCAACACAAGGGACAAGCGAGACCUUGGCGUGAUCCUGGUUAACUUGUUGAGGCAAACUCUUCUCAAGGGUUGCUCGGUGCUAUUGACCAGUAGACCAGCCAAAGUGGCCUCCAUUGAUGCUGACAAUUUUCAGCUAAUUUGUGAGGUCAUGGGAUUUUUCCAUGAGGAACGAAAGAUGUACUUUGUCCAGUAUUUUGGAGACAACGCUCUGUCUGAACAGGCUUUUGGUCACGUGAGGGACAAUGAAGCUCUGUAUACUUUCUGUUACAUCCCCUCAUACUGCUGGAUCAUCUGCAAAGUGUUAUCGAUGUGCUUCCAAUCCCCACAAACAAAUUGCAAUCGGUUGGAAUUACUGCCAAAAACAGUGACGCAACUCUUUGUGAUUUUCAUUAGCAACAUUCUAACCCAUCAUUCCCAGAAGGCAGAGUGGGAGGAAGACCACAAACUCUUACUGGCUGUUGGAUGGUUGGCAGAGUAUGGGGUGAUGAACCAUGUUAUUGUGUUCGAAAAACGAGACCUGAUAUCUUUUAUGGUGGACUCGUCGUUGCAUCUCUUUACAUCUUUUAUGAUGAAAUCCAGUCAACCUUCCUAUGUGAACUAUUCCUUCUUACAUCUUACCAUUCAGGAGUUCAUGGCGGCUUUGGUCCAUCAUGUUGACUAUGCACCUGGAAAAUUACAGCAAGCGCUUGACAAAGCCAAAUCAUUUCAAGAUGGGCGUGCUGAAAUAUUUCUUAGUUUCCUUUUUGGCCUGUCUGAUGGUUCCACCAAGGCUCCUCUAAAAGGUUCACCUCUCAAUUUCUCCACUGAAGCUUCCAAAGACGUCAUCACCUGGCUCGGAAAACUCUCUUCACUAGUCAAGAAGACGACAAAGAACGCUCAGGAAAGGAAGGAGACUUUAAAUAUUUUCAACUACCUCUUUGAAUCUCGAAACAAAGCACUGGUGUCAGAACUUCUUGGCCAAAACCUGACACUUGAUUUCUCAAGAUUCAACCUGAGCCCCCUCGACUGCACGGUGUUGGCUUUCAUUUUAAAAUCAUGCCAGGAAUCCAAAUGCCUCGAUCUAGAGAAAUGUUACCUUGAAUCGGAAUGCUGGGAGAGGCUUUCCCCAGGUCUUCAUACGGUGCACACACUUCGAUUACAUUUGAACGCACUGAAGGAUGAAGACAUUCACUUUAUAACUAAUCCGCUCACUCACCCUGACUGCAAAAUCCAGAAUCUCAGCUUGACUAAUAAUGACCUGACCAGUCUUUGCUGCCCGUCCUUGGCAUCUGGUAUCUGUGGAAACCUUUCCCUGACAUCACUGGACCUGACUUCCAACAAUCUGACGGGUACUCACUUCAGUAUCCUGAUCGACGUCCUGUCCAGCCGCACGUGUAUGGUGAAGCACCUUGUGCUUUGUGCCGCCCAACUGACACAUGACGACUCCCAGUGUCUGGUGUCACUGAGCAACAACCCGAAACUUGAGUACCUAAAUGUCAGCCACAAUCACAUCACCGAUGCUGGUUCCGGACACAUAAGGGACCUCAUAGAGAAGUCCUCCAGCCUGAAAGAGAUCAGGGUUGCCGCCAAUGGAUUUUCAGAAGACGUCAUCAAGAAGCUGGAGAGCCUUAAAAACAGCCGUCAGGAUCUUAUACUGCUGCAGCUUCCUGACCCCUCAUCUGAACUCCUGGUUAUUGACCCCUUGGCCUGUCCUCCCGCUAUUGAUCCUCGACUCGGACUAAACCUUGACUACGCCUUUGUGCCUCGCUUUCGGACCUAUUGCCCGUUUCCUGCCAGUGGGUUCCACUUCACGGCUCAAGCCGGCGAUACCUUCUGA